UGUACUGUUGGGAAAGAGCUACAGCAGCAAGCUCCGAGAUGUUCAGAACUAAAAAUGGUUGGUUGCAUUUGUGUUAUUGGAGAUAGUUUGUUAGAUGGGGCGAUCAUCAAGAACUCGCGGGAACCUUUAUGCAGAGGGAAUCGACUCAGUGGCUGAGGCAGACGUCCUGAAAUGCGGGCCGCUGCUCUAUGUUCUCUGGCCGUAUUGUGCGCUUUUGCCCCAACUACAGUGUACGCGAAUGACUCCGCUACUGCCGAGUGCGCUAGCAGCACCUCAGCGGACGGGGCCGGGGAUGGGUUCUGCGAGAAACCCAUUCCUUCCUCUAAGAACAAAGAUGUAGGUGCAGACGGAGACGAGGGUAACAUUGGCCUUGAAGCAGACUCGAGUAACACAGUGAAGAAGAGCAGCAGAAGUCACGGACUAGAAGACGAUGCAAGGAUCGUCGACAGCGAUCAGCAACCAGCUCAUCAAGCCGAUGGCGACGGGUUCCGUGAAGCCAGCAGCGGUCAACCUGAACUGCAGGUACCCACCGAUGAGGACCUCCAUGCUGGUGAUGAUGCAGAAGACCCUCCGGGUGUGUCCAGAGAAGAAGAAGCAAACGUGACUCACUCGAAGGAUCUUGUGGAUAGAGAGGGUCUUGGUGGCGAAGAUGAGACGGAUAAAGGUGUGGUCGCUGAUCAAGAAGUGACCGAAGAUGAUGACGAAAUGGCCGACAUCGCAAGCUACGCGUUAGACAAUAUUCCCAGCUUUGAAAAUGUCUCAAGGUGCUCCUUGUUAUCCGCGGCGCUGGCGCAUGCACGGACGGUGGACGGGAGACCGGUGGCGACAGUAACGCGACCAAUUCAGCCGGGUGUGGACGAUAUCGUGGUGCUGGUAUCCGUCGACAAGACGGCCAGUUCAGGGCGCGUGACGGCUCUGUCGAGUGAGACCGGUGAGUCGCGUUGGAGAACGUUGUUGCCCAGUGCAAGCGUCACUCAACCGGCUUACUCGGUCGAUCGGCAAUUGAUCUACAUUCUGACCAACGGCUGGAUGGUCUACGCUCUCUCCACGGUAGACGGCAGUGUUGCAUGGAGCUUUACCGAGAGCAGCGGUGCAUUCAUUGCCCCUCCAGCGGUCGGCGUUAACUCGCUUCUCUACGUGGGAAACGUCAAGGGUGUCGUGUAUGCGCUCCACUCCAAAACCGGGCAGCUGGUCUGGACCCGGGACAUGGCGCCCAUGGCAAUAGUCGCCCAGCCCGUCCCGACCGUGGUGCUAAACGCGGCUGUGGUGGUCGUGGGCCUCGUGAGAAAUGUGCCGGGUGCGGGUAGCCACGGUGAUGGCGACAAUCUCUUCUGCCUGGACGCUCUGAACGGUACGUCAGUGUGGCGUGGGUCUUUUGCCGGAGACAUCGUAAACACGCCGCUAGUCAGUCUGAUGAAGCACCUCAUCGUGUCUGCUCUGCAGGCCGACGGCCAGACGACGGUAUUCAUGAUCACGCCGGGAGCAGAGCGCCCUGUCUGGACCCAGUCGCUAUGCGGAAACGUUAGCCUGCCGGCACACGUCGCGCUCGACAAUGGCCUAGCGAGCCUCUUAGUUCUCUGCAGCAACGGCGUCGGCGUCGGGAUUUUCGUCGAGGAGGGCAAGUACGAGAGUCGCGUGAACCUGACGCGCAAGUUCGGACGCAGCUGCGAGGUGCUGACGACGCCAGUGCCGCGUCAGGACAUGAUCUUCUUCAUGAUCACCACCAGUGGCGUUCUGGUGCAGCUGGGCAUCAACAGCGGACGCGUCGACCCGCUCAUGGCCCUCUCCGAGCCGAGCAUAGCGGCACCGCUCAUGGGCCCGUACGGUUACAUCUACAUCGCCGGCUACAACGGCAUGGUCAUGGCGCAGGAAAUGAGCGACGUCGAGGCGACGUGGACGGUUCAUUUGCCCGGGCACAUUCUCGUUAGUCCUAUCUUGCUAUGACCUAAACUAUAUACUGGUGUGGGCAUUCACAUAGGCAGUGCGCGUGGGCAUUCAGGUGAUAUUCUGAAGGUGAAUUUGUCCUCUCUCAAGCACAUUAGCGAUCACCAACAAGGCAAACUGAGAAUUCAUCAGUCGGCCCUAGGCAGGAAAUGAGCGAUGUCGAGCCGGCGUGGACGGUUCACUUGCCAGGACAGAUUCUUGUUAGUCCUAUCUUUCUGUGACCUGAACUGUAUACUGGUGUGGGCACAUACAUGUAGGCAGUGUGCGUGGGCAUUCAGGUGAUAUGCUGAAGGGGUCUUUGUCCCCUCUCAAGCCGACGUGGACGUUUCACUUGCCUGGGCAUAUACUAGCUAGUCCUAUCUUGCUGCGGACCUAGACUUUAUGCUGGUGUGGGCAUUCACAUGCUUUGAAGUGGGCAGUGCGCGCAGGAAUUCAUGUGAUAUGCUGAAGGUGUCUUAGUUCUCUCUCUCUCUCUCUCUCUCUCUCUCUCUCUCUCUCUCUCUCUGUCUCUCUCUCUCUCUCUCUCUCUCUCUCUCUCUCUCUCUCUCUCUCUCCCCCUCUCUCUCUCUCUCUCUCUCUCUCUCCCUCUCUCCCUCUCUCCCUCUCUCUCUUCUCUCUCUCUCUCUCUCUCUCUCUCUCUCUCUCUCUCUCUCUCUCUCUCUCUCUCUCUCUCUCUCUCUCUCUCUCUCUCUCUCUCUCUCUCUCUCUCUCUCUCUCUCUCUCUCUCUCUCUCUCUCUCUCUCUCUCUCUCUCUCUCUCUCUCUCUCUCUCUCUCUCUCUCUCUCUCUCUCUCUCUCUCUCUCUCUCUCUCCCUCUCAAGCGUAUCAGCAAGCACUACCAAGGCAAACUGAGAAUUCAUCAGUGGGCUGGCUUUAUUUAUAAUGUGUAGGCACAAACUCGCACUUUGGCCUACUUUCAUGACAUCGAAACAAUUUCUUGUUUGCUUCGGAUCCAGUGUGUCAAUGACCAACACUUACUGCACUGGCAUCCAGUGUGUCAAUGACCAACACUUACUGCACUGGCAUCAAACCUUCAAUUCUGAAAGAUGUUUUUAAAUUGAUAUGCUGCGUUAGUCAGUUCAAUGACUUUGACAAAUCUAAAAUUGUUUAUUCUAUUUUCUCUCCCCGGGUGGCAGAAGUAUUCUAUUUUACGGAAAGAAAAAAUCGACUUAUGAUCAAUGUACUUGAGGUUUGCUGACAGAGUAAUUAAUGUAUUAUGACGUGCUAUAAUUAUAAAGUUAUUUUUCCAAUUUUA